UAAUGAUAUCCACCUUGCAAAAGCGUCUUCAAGAUGCGCUUCUAUCCUUGGUGGGACCUUCGAGUUCCUUUAGGAUAGGGUCGCAUCUUGGGCGUGACAUUGCUCCUCUUUGAAUCCUAGCACUGUGCUCAUCCCCAAGGGCAAGAAAUGCCUAACGAAGCUUGUAACCUUCUCUGGCCCAUGCAAAUCCAGUAUCAAGUUAAUGGUGGGAUAGAUGAAUAACAAUAACAUGCAUACAUUAUUUUCUUCCAUCAACUUUUGCAAACAAAGAUGACAAGUUCUACCAAAUUCCAGAUUGAAGGUACUUUGGUAGCUCCUCCAAAGAGAUCAUACUGGAUAGAGGAUACCAUUAGGCACUGGAUUUUGUUCAGAUCUGUGAGAGGUCUUACUGUCACCGAUGGUGGGACCAUUGAUGGCAAUGGAAAGAUUUGGUGGCAGAACUCCUGCAAAGUAAACACAAAACUCCCUUGCAGGCAAGCUCCAACGGCUUUGACGUUCUAUUCUUGUACAAAUCUGAAAGUGAAUAAUUUAGAAGUGUUGAACAGCCAACAAAUCCACAUAUCAAUGGAGCGUUGCAGCAAUGUAAGGAUGUCACGCCUAUCAAUCAGAGCACCUGGCACUAGCCCCAACACCGACGGCAUCCAUAUCACCCAUAGUAAGGAUGUGAAAGUUAUGGACUGUGCAAUCAAGACUGGGGACGACUGCAUGUCAAUCGAGGAUGGGACUGAGAAUCUACAUGUCAAGAACAUUGUGUGUGGACCAGGGCAUGGGAUAAGCAUUGGGAGCUUAGGUGAUCGCAACUCUCAAGCUCAAGUUGCAAACAUCACCAUUGACGGGGUGCGACUGCACGACACGACGAAUGGAGCUCGUAUCAAGAUAUGGCAGGGCGGGCGGGGUUAUGCAAAGAAUAUCGUGUUCAAGAACAUGAUAAUGGAUAAUGUGCGGGACCCGAUCAUUAUCGACCAGAACUACUGCGACUCGGCUACACCAUGUACUAAACAGGAAGCGGCUGUGGAGGUGAGCAAUGUGUUGUUUAAGAACAUUAGGGGGACAAGGGCCUCAAGAGAGGCUAUCAAGCUCAGUUGCAGUAAAGCUGUACCUUGCCAUGGGAUAGCCUUGCACAACGUCAGGCUUACUCUAAAACGAGGGGGUGGUGAUGCAAAGAGCACCUGUCAGAAUGCAAAAUGGAGGAAACUGGGAACAGUUAUGCCACAGCCAUGUAGUCUCAACGAUUGAAACUAUAUGACAAGGAUUUGAAACGAAAUCGCUGAGGCCUGCCCAGUUGUAGUUGAUGAGCAGAAAGGGUUCGAUACGCUUCCUCUGAUUCUCCAAGUGAAGUCAUGCAAUGGAAGGAUACAUGCUAACAUUGAAAUGAAUAGAAGUAGGCACAAUAGUUGGGGGCCUGGGGCUUACGGUGAAGAGUACUUGCAUUUUUUAGGCGGGGGUACUUGCAAUUUGAUUGUAAAAUGGACUGUUCCAAAGUAUUUUGCAUGCAAUACUUGUAGUCAUACAUGAAAACAGUCUGUAACUAAAACAAUUUCAAAGAGUAAUACUGAAUAGAACUUAUGUACUUUUC